ACCAAAGAGAUAUACAAGCCUCUUCAUACAAAAAAAAGACUACUGGCAAUUGGCAAGUAAUGCUGGUUAUGGAAUCCAUACAAAAUACCAAGAACUUUUUCCACAAAUCAGUUGACAACCUUAAAUCCUUCCUCUCCGUAGGAUACCAGAAGAUAUCCAAACCAAUUCUCCCAGACCCCUUCUCUUGCAGUGGUUGCAGCAGGAAGAAAGACCGAAAAGAUCGAUCAUUUGGCGAAUUUAGCUACAACUGGGUAGUUGGUCUUGAGGAAUCAGAGGUGAUGACUAACGAUGCCAUCAUUGCUAUGUCAUUGAAAGAACAAAUGAGGGACGAAGCUGAAUGCAACGGGAGCUUGAUGAACUAUCCCGAUACAAGUCCGGAGAAGGAGAUAAAGGAAACUGGAGGAAAAGAAGGGAAAAAGAAAGUGAGAAGCUCAAAACUGAGAAAAGGGGAGGAACAGUACUAUUACAAGAGGAAUGGAGAUGGGAGUUUUGCGUUGGCUCAAAAGUUGAAAGAACUGGAGAUGAUGGAUGUUGAUGAUAUGGAACAUGUAUUGGAUGUUGAAGAAGCACUCCACUAUUAUUCUCGGCUUAAAAGUCCGGUCUACCUUUCCAUUGUCGACAGAUUCUUCAUGGAUAUCUAUUCUGAAUUCUCUCCUCCACAGGCCCCUGCCAGAAUCAACAGUUCGAAGCGUCGGACGAUUCAGUUAUAGAUCCUUGACUCCCACAUACAUUUUCUUGUUCAAAUGAAUCCGUUUUCUCAUCCUAAAUAUUCUUUUUCUUGUUUUGUGUGUGUGUGUUCACACGUCUGAAUUCUUCUGCUCCUUUUUUAUUGUUAUAAAUUUGCUUGAGCAUCCCUUGUUAUCAGUAAAAGCAUAGAAGCUUCAUAUCAAGAUUUAAGAAAUGUAUAUUUGCAUGUUGUUCGUAAAAUAUUAUCAAAUA